GUCUAACUCGUAUGCUAACGAUCCAGCUGGAUAAUGAUAAAUACAACCACAGUAACGUUGCAUAUUUCCCAUGCACCAUCUGGGUAAAAAACAUCUAUUUUACUCUUGUAAAUGCCUGCAUAUUUAAGGUUAUAUAUGACCAUCUGUCUACUGUACUUACAAGAUUUACCAAUUCAACAGACUAUGCUGAACACCCCGAAAAGCGAUAUGAGAGCAGUUCUACUCGACAAUAAGCUUCAUCGUGUGUUUGAAAACGUCCGGCAAAAUGGGACUAAAUACUAUCGUUACUUGGUAUUCCCUAUGAAUGGCAACGGAGACAAAUCACUGAAAAUUACACCGUACCAUUGGACAAUUCUUUUCUUUGAUGUUAGGAAAAAAAAUUGGAUGCACUACAAUUCGUUGAGAAAGAGAGACGGCAGAGAUCCACUCCUGAAGGACGCCACCUUUGUGAAAAAAUAUGUGGAGAAUUACAUGAAGGAGAUGCAUGCUGAGCUGAAGAACCAAAGUGCAGGUACGGAAAUACUCUUUGAAGAACAGAAUUUUGAUGCUCCAAUCUUCUCACCUCAACAUGCUCCACAACAAGAAAGUACAUCGGUUGAUUGUGGUGUUAUUGUGUGCAUUCUCAUGGAAGUAUUGGCGCACCUUGAGCCAAUCCCAAAAACAUUGACAAAGACUGAAAUUGACAAGUAUAGAGUCGGUUUAGUAUCUCGAUUUUUGAACGAUGAAGGUAGAAGCUGGACGAUAAAGAAAUGGGAAGCAAGAAGGAUGGGGAAGGCGUCGCAAUGAGCGUCUGUGCAUUUUUUGGUGUUUCCGAUACAUUAUUUUUGGGUUUAGGAUUUUCUUUGGUUAAGGGGUCUUAACAUUUUGAUCGGAUUUGACUUCGCCUAUUAACUGUUAGUGAUGGUCUGUUUU